UAUGCCAUCAUCAUCAUGGCCCUGUACUGGUGUACGGAGUGCAUUCCCCUGGCGGUGACGGCACUGCUGCCCGUCAUCCUCUUCCCCAUGAUGCAGAUCAUGGAGGCCUCAGAGGUAUGUAUCCAGUAUCUCAAGGACUCCAAUAUGCUUUUCAUUGGGGGUUUGCUGGUGGCCAUUGCUGUGGAGCACUGGAACCUUCACAAGCGCAUUGCCCUCCGCGUGCUUCUCCUGGUCGGCGUUAAACCAGCUUUACUGAUGAUGGGCUUCAUGGUGACCACGGCCUUCCUCUCCAUGUGGAUCAGUAACACGGCCUCCACCGCCAUGAUGUUGCCCAUCGCCCACGCCGUGCUGGACCAGCUGGAGAAGACGGAGGCCGAGGCCGACGAGAAGGAGCUGUGUAGCGGCCAGGAAAACCAGGCCUACGAGAUGGAGGAGACCACCAAGGAGGACAAAGAGAACGCGGCGGAGGCCGGGCUAGCGCUGGCCAUGGAGGAGAGGCGUCUGCGGCGUGAGCGGGUCUACAAGGAGCUGUCGAAGGGCAUGAGUCUGUGUGUGUGCUACUCGGCCAGCAUCGGGGGCACGGCCACCCUGACCGGCACCACGCCCAACCUCAUCCUUAAGGGCCAGAUGGACGCACUGUAUCCAGGGAAUGGUGGUAUCAUUAACUUUGCCAGCUGGUUCGGUUUCUGCUUCCCCAACAUGGUGCUGAUGCUCAUCAUCUCCUGGCUCUGGCUGCAGUUCAUGUACCUGGGUUUCAACUUCAAGAAGACGUUCGGCUGUGGCACCAAGUCGGAGGGUGACAAGGCGGCCUACCAAGUGAUGAAGGACGAGUAUAAGAAGCUAGGCAGCAUGACCUUCGCCGAGGGCAGUGUGCUGACGGUGUUUGUGCUGCUGGUGCUGCUCUGGUUCACCAGGGAGCCCGGCUUCAUGCCUGGCUGGGCCACCGUGCUCUUCAACAAGGAAAAGGAGUACGUGUCUGAUGGCACUGUAGCCAUUUUCAUGGCGACGCUCUUCUUUGCCAUUCCCUCAAAGAUACCGCGAUGGCUGUGCCGGGGCAGGUCAGCUGAUAUGACAGGGGAGACAGAGAAGGCUCCACCGCCUCUGCUGAACUGGGAGGUGGUCCACGAGAAGAUGCCCUGGAACAUUCUACUGUUGCUAGGAGGCGGCUUCGCUCUGGCUCAUGGGAGUGAGAAAUCUGGGUUGUCCCUGUGGCUGGGCCAGAGUCUGGAGCCCCUGAAGACUAUCCCGGACUUUGCCAUCGCCCUGCUCAUCUGCCUGCUCAUCGCCACCUUCACAGAGUGCUCCAGCAACACGGCCACCACUACCCUCUUCCUGCCCAUCCUGGGCUCCAUGGCCUCUGCCAUUCAGCUGCACCCGCUGUACGUGAUGCUGCCCAGCACCAUCUGUGCAUCUCUGGCCUUCAUGCUGCCCGUUGCCACCCCACCCAAUGCCAUCGCCUUCUCCUACGGGAACCUCAAAGUCAUUGACAUGGCAAAGGCUGGCUUUGCGCUGAACAUUUUGGGUGUCUUGUGCGUGCAACUUGCCCUGAACACGUGGGGCGUGGCAAUGUUCGACCUGAAAGAAUUCCCAACCUGGGCCAAUGUGACAAAACCUUAG